AUGCAAUCGUCGGACGAAGAACUCAUAAGUACUGAUAAAAUGGAGGAAUUUGUGGCCAAAUUGUCGGCCACUAUAUCGUCGACAAUGAGUGGUAAUACUGUUGCCGAAGAACACAGUAAUCUCAGAGACAACACAACUGUCGACAGCACUGAUCACCCGAUAAAUUGGUCAUCAGUUGGGACACAAACACGUGAUAUAAGUGAAGACACGAGUGAUAAGACAAUGGAUGACACCAUCGAUGACAAACCAUUGAAAAGCGAUUCAAAUGAGUCACCGAUUGGGACAACGGAUCCAACAAAUGAAUUGGCCGUCGAUGACAGUAAUCACAAGACAUCAGAUCCAAACGCACAUUCAGAUAAGUCGCUCAACACAAGUAGUGAUCAACUGGCAGUCAUCGGGAGUGCAAUACAAACGCCAAUCAAUCAAAUAACACGUGAUUCGAGUCCAGACACAAGCGAUUCCAAUGAUAAUAAGGGAGAAGACAUGACUGAUAUCACUAAUCAGGGAACUAGUGAUUUACCACAAGUGGAUGAAACAAUUGGAUUAAUAACUCAUGAGUUGCCAUUAGAUGUCGCACAAGAUAUGGAUUCAAAGCAAACAACACGUUGUGUUGAGACGUUAAAUAUAUUGAAAGGGCGUUCAAUUGAACCGCCAAUCAGUCAAACAGGUGUUAAAAGUGUUGUUUCGCAGUCAAUGAGUGCCAAACGCGCGCCACGGAAGCAGACAUUACUGGUGAGGACUGAGUUGCCCGCACACAACGACCAGUGCUUACUGUCACCAUUACCAACGCCCGGAACCGCUAACCAUAUUCAAGAGUAUACAGUACUUAAGCCUUUGAAAGUGGUGUCAAAGCAAUCGCCAAAUAUCAUACACUUAAUGGAGGCGACGGAACCGAUUGUCACGACUAAUGUCUCGACGCCACAAUCGAUGCCAACGAUUGACGAAGAAUUCAAGUGUCCGAUCGGUGACUGCGCCCAUGUGUUUGACAACUUCGGUCAAUACACCCGACAUGUGAUCCAUUGCCAGCGGGUGUGCAAAGAGUGCGCUCUCGUGCUGACCGACGCGGAAGAGCUCGAACAACAUCAGCGGCUGUUCCGGCGGCGAGACGUGGACUACAUGUGCACUGACUGUCAUCAGCUCUGUCUGACUGAGAGGAAUAUGGUUUUGCAUAACUCGUGGCGCCACAAACGGCCGUAUCUGAUGUGCGAUACAUGCGAUUACAUCACCGACUCGGAGGACAGGCUCGAGACGCACGCCAUUUACCACGAGAUGGGACUCAUAGAGACGCCCAAAGCUAUAUACGAGUGCUUUCAUACCCAGUGUAGACAGCGGUACAAACGCCUGUCACCGUUUCGGCGUCAUUUGGUUCGCGACCACAAGAUUAAUGCUAAUUCAGUGAAGGAUUCAUCCGAUUGGGUCACUGCAGACAUGAAUGGCGGCGAAGAACCGAUUCCGGCCAUCAAUGAGUCGGUAAAGACCGAACAGACCUCUUUAGCGGCGGUGGCGGUAGAUAUUGUCAAACCAUUUGAGACGGCGCCAGAAGUGGCCGAAACACCGAUAGCGGCGGUCGUGCCCGCGAUGACUGAGUCUACUGAAGCACAUGUGGCUGUGGCGGCCGAUACGCCCCCAACGCUAAAGCCUAUGACACCGCUAAAGCCUAAGAUCACAACAACCAUUACACCCAUACCUAUCGACUCCCCGCCAAAGGCCAGUCUCAGUAACCAAUCAUUACCGGAGCGGUCGCUCGAGUGUACGUUUACGGGCUGUAAACAACUCUUCGCUGAUUUCAAUGCUUUAGACACGCAUUGGAUUAAUAAACACGGGAUUUACGUGCGAACGACCGCUAAGAAGCCGACGCCAACCGCCAGAGGCCAGAAGCGGCGACUCAGCGACCAAACCGCUCAACGGUUACGCGAAGAGCACCUGUUCUACCGGACAGACAUCCAGUACUCGUGCAGCGACUGUCGCCAACUGUUGCUCACCGAACAGAAUCAGGUGUUUCACGACCAUUGGCUGCACGGGAAGCCGUGUCUGUUGUGCGAGUCGUGCGAAUUCAUCACGACAUCGGCGAAUCAGGUGUUUCACGACCAUUGGCUGCACGGGAAGCCGUGUCUGUUGUGCGAGUCGUGCGAAUUCAUCACGACAUCGGCGGUGAAGCUGACGAAACACCGCGAGUAUCAUCAAAACGGAUUCGUGGUGUUUAACAAACGCUCGUUCGAGUGCUUCGAGUGUCGCAUGAAGUGCGGGACCGAAGAGUUUCUGCGAUAUCAUCUCAUAAACAGACAUCAGAUUAAUGCCGAACUCAUUAGACUCACUCCGGAGGACAGGGUUUUAGAUUUUAAUCCAAUUGUAUUUAGUCUGAAGAUCUCAAUCAAACGCAAUACUUUUGAUCUCAAUUAA